AUGAGCAUCGCGAUAUUCGACUCCGUUGUCGAGUUUAUACAGCAUCUUCUACAGAGCGAUGCUUCGACAGUGACUUUAAUCUCGUGUUCGACUCGGGAUGCCUUUAUCGAAGAGUUAUACGCGGAUAUACAGGCUCAGUCGUUGACACGGGAGCGGUUCGGUUCAACCAGAGCAGAAGAGAACGGAGGAGAAGCAGCGGAGGAAGAUGAGAAAGAAGAUACAGAAAACCACCACUGGUUGCUCUCUAAUACACUCGAUUUAAUAUCCCGUUCUCAAAGGGUGAAGUUGGUCUUCUGCCCUGCCAUCGAGCACCUCAGGGCAUAUCUAGGCUGUGCUUUCAGGGUACGGAAAAAUCAAGAUGGGCAAGAAGGAGGUAGCAGCCUUUAUCAAGGCAGUGCUGUGCUUGCCGUGGUCAAUAUGGUCUCUAUCCAUUCAUCUACGGUAGAGUUCUCUGCACAGGGGUUAUCAAGGACAUCUGCUCUCGCAGUAGAGGCCGCUACCAGAGAAGGAGUCGAGCUGGUCUUGUGUGAAUGCAAACCUGUGCAUGACGGGGAUGAAGCAGAGCGUGGUUCCAGGAUAUGGGAUGCACAAGUUCCCCUUUUGAAUUCGAUGACCAGAUCAGUAAGAGAAGGGCUGUCUGGCGUCAAGACCGUCCGAGUGAAGCAGAUUAUGAAGAAGUGGUUUCGGUUCGACGGAGCGAUAUAG